UCUCGCGGGCGAAACUGCGCUGAUUCCACGUCCGGAAGUCGAUCAGGCAGGAUGGAGCGCGACACCAAGCACACUUCCUGUAAUUGCCUGGAUUUUAACAAAAUGGCCAAGGUGAAGAAAGUGGUGGACGAAGCACGGGAACAAAACAACCCCGAGCUCGACCUGGUCGACCGAGGAAUCACCUCCAUCGAAGAGAUACCCGGAUUGUUCUCACUGCCGAAUUUGACAAGGUUGACAUUAAGCCACAACAAAAUCAGAGUUGUUCCAGCUAGCAUAGCAAACUUGUACAACUUGGAAAUUCUGACACUAUGCAACAACCAAAUUGUGGAGUUGCCAUCUUCUAUCUCUACCAUGCCAAAACUCAAGAUUCUGAACUUGGCCAUAAACCGGCUCAGCAGCCUGCCCCGGGGGUUUGGUGCCUUCCCCGUGCUCGAGGUGCUCGACCUCACAUACAACAACCUGAACGAGCAGUCCCUGUCCAACAACUUUUUCAUUAUGGAUACUCUGCGGGCCUUGUACUUAGGUGACAACGAGUUUGAGAAGCUUCCUCCAGCCAUUGGACAACUCAAGAAUUUGCAAAUUCUCUCCGUGCGGGAAAACGAGCUUGUGGAGCUUCCCAAGGAACUGGGCCAGCUGACCAGGUUGAGAGAGCUGCAUAUUCAAGGCAACAGGCUGACGCUGCUUCCCCCGGAGCUAGGCAAUCUGGACCUUGCGAGCCAUCGUUGUGUGGUCCGCAUGGAUGACAACCCCUGGGUUGCCCCCAUAGCCGAUCAGCUGCAGAUUGGUGUCUCCCACGUUGUGGAAUACAUCCGCAGCGAUACCUAUAAAUACGUUUAUGGCCGCAACACGCACAGCAGCCUGUCUCCGCCCCCCAAGAAGACGGACAAGAACAAGAAAAUAGUUGAGAGAGAGGCGAAAGAAGCCUCUUGAGAGUACGGUAUGACAUGAGCUCUGCUCUGACCUGGAUGUGGACACUACGUUGACUGCCAUUUCUUUUUGGUGAGACUUGAUUACCUGUAAUGGCUGGCCUAAUUGUUUAACUAGUGGCUGUGCCAUUACCAUUGAAGCGAGCAGCUUCGGUUCCUAUUGUUAACGCUUGCUUAUCGUUCUCCACGCAAGCUUUGCGACUAUUAACAUUGCACAAGGCAUUGCACGCUCAGCCUGUGUGCAUGUCUUCAGCGCGUCAUUGGUUGUUAUAUCUGCCUUCCGUUCCUACUACGAUCCGUCACUAAUUUUUGUCAAAGCCUGCCAGUACUUCCAGUUCCUGCCAUACCUCUCUGGACCCUUGGGAUCGUUUGCUUCUUGACGUGGGCCUGGCGACGUGUUUUAUAGAAGGUGAAUAGGGAUGUACCAUCCUCACAGUCAUUUAUUCUCAGUGAGGAGCUGAUUUCAGCCAUGUGCUACGAGAGAUUGCUGUCGUCGCACUAUAAAAUUGCGAUCUCGCUAGAUAAUCUGCAUGACCAUGAUGGUGUUUACACCCUUUUUGAAAAUAAACGUGUGAUUUUUGCUGAUAUUGAAUACAUGCCCUAUAAAGUUCUGUCGCAUAUACCUAGUUCUCAGGCUCUAGCUAUUGCUCGCUGAGACAGACCUGUUUCUGCAUUGGAGACUGUCAUUUAAUGUUGGUUAACAGGGUUGAAACAAGCAGUGCCGAAUGUGCAUCACGUGCAUGCCACUCUUCAUGGAAAGUGCAGACGAUGACUUGUCAACAAGUCUCCAUCGAUCUUGUUUGCUGCACCUUCGUUUUGUGGCAAGCUAUUACAUUUGUUCAGCUGUUGAAAUGCACUUUAGCAUUUGUCUCAUACACACACUAUGUAAAAGUUCUUGCCGAUUGAAGGAGUACUGACACAUAAUUUUUUAGGCAUAACUUGUGAGAUAAAUUUGUGUGUGCACACAUACACACGUAAAAUCAAUAUGAAUGGCUAAUAUAGACCAGAACAUAUCUAAAAUCGGUUUUUGAGUGUGUGUCAUUGAACUUAAUGGAAAUGCACCACCUUGCGGUAUUGAGACCAACUUUGUUUGAUUAUAAACAACCGUCAACACCAGCAGAAAGGAGAUUAUAGCAGCCCCAGGAAGCCUUCCUUGAAAAGAGUUUUCAAGUAUAUCUGCGCAUGGUUUUGUGUGUUCUCGUAGUCAGCUAUGUUUACAGUAAACCUACUCUGGGUCCUGCCUCUCUUGGCGCUCUCUAAAGCUGAAAUUGACUGCGUGCUAUAAAACUGUGCGAAUAAGUUUUGGUUGCACACACGAGCUAUCGAGGUUCCCAGCCAUAAGUGGAUCAUUAGCUAAUUGCAGCAGAAGAAGAAAACAAGGUGUAAAAUUUUUGUGUCAGCCCUUCCUUUAAUCGUUGAUGAUACAAUAAAGGAACACAAGUGCUAGUGCUAGGUGGUUUUAAUGAAGCGUCGUAUUUACAGCAUUCAGGCCUUACGAAGUGUCAUAAACACACUGUGAAUGAAGUUGUUGCUCUGUUUGCAAGUCGAUGCUUUUUAUAGCACAGAAUGCAUAGGAUUACCAGACUUGGCGCAUUCAACCAACGCACAUUUUUCAGCCAAGAUUGUCGAAUAUGUUACUAUAUGUUUAGAUAUUGUUGCUGUUUGAAAACCUUUCACGGCUCCUUGUGCUGUUUUCAAGUGCUGUCAAUAUGAAUGUGCCUUAGCAAUGUUUAUUUAUGCUGGUAUUACUCCUCUGAUGAGAGGUGGCGUUUAAUGCAGGCUUUUUAUUGUGCCUGUAAAAAUACUACUGUAUUGUUGCCUUGCGUGAAAUUUUCAUUACAGUGUUUUGGUGCUGUGCCUUCUACUUUUUCCUGCAGUGCUUUAAUGCCACUUGCAGUACUUGCUUUACAAAUGUGCUUGCUUUGUUAUAAUAUCCAUUUCACUUCAGCAAAUGAAAAAAUAAUAUCAUGCAAUGUUUUUAAGGUUGUAUACGAUACAUGUAAGUGUUGUGCGAAGAGUAAUAACAAAGAUUAUAAUGCAACCGUCGGUAGUCAUACUCGUCUCAUAUUUUUAUCGCGGUGAAUAGACAUGUUUUGGAAUGGACUUGGCACCAAGCGAUGGUGUCGGUGAAGGUGAGAUAUUUGAAACUCUCAUGAAACAAGGAAUCUCCCACACUUAUUCCUGCAUUAUUUGUCAACAGUUGAAUUGCAUAUUUACCAUACAAUUUUUAUGAUUAUUUUGUAGCAGUGAGCCUAAUGACUCACAAAAUGUACUUGGUUGUCAGUCCUUGCUCAUUUGACACCUUAUCCUUGUGCAAAAAGUAUGUCAACUGUCUUUUGUAUUUCUUCCGCAUACACAAUUUUAUUGCAUGAUUUCUGUCACCUAAUGCGGUAGACUACUGACUGUAGGCUUUUUUUCAGUUGCAUGCAUCGUAGCACUGCUUGCACAUGCCAUUGCGAGUUGAAAAUGCACAAACGUCAACCAACGCUGACGUCUUGGCAAAUCCAGCUUCACGGCUGAGCUUGCCACGCUUUCAAGGUGCUGCUGAAGUGUGCCGCAUAUGUCAAGCAGCACAUCUCAUAUUUGUCUACAUAACCAAGAGUCUGCUUUUCCCACCAUUGAGUUUGGCGAUUUUGUAUCUCUUUCUGUUCCAGAUAAGAAGCAAAAAAAUGCAUUGCAGUGAUAUGCAUUAUUGCAUUUCAUGCUCACAAUGCAUUAAUAAAUGCCAGCAGCUGCUAUUGACCUCGCCGGCAUUAUCAGAUGGGCUCCUCGUCUACUUUGAUCUUUGUCGGGCUGCCUUUGCAUUUGUCUUCUGGCGUAUUUAUUCACUCUGUGACAGCUGAAUCGCUUAUUCAAAACGGCAAACCGUAGGGGAAACAAGACAUUGUAACAAGGACGGGAGGAUGUUGGCAAAGUAAAUGAGCGAGCAAGAAUGAGAAUAGGGGUUAUAGCUUUGAAGUGUUUGUGUGGGAAACCAAGUGCAUUUCAAGGGUAGGCAUGUCAAUGCAGACCUGUCUACCGCAUUUCUUUGGCUGUAUUCAGAUAGUUCUAUACUUGAUAUGCAAUCAUUACGACUGCUGAUAUGUAGCAGGGAACGUUUUAUUAACGUGUUUGAAGUUCGGACGUGCCAAAAGGUCACUGCUGAGUGUAGUAAUGCGAGAUUUUUUACAUUUGAAGACGGCAAAACUAGUAGUAGUGCUUGUUUGGCUAUAAUCAGUUUCAUACGUACCAGGCAAUGCUACAAGCUGCUGUGGCAGUACUGCAGACAUAAAUGCUAUGCUGUGCAGUUGUUUUUAAUCUUUAAUGCUUAGCACUUUUUAUAAGUGUCACAAGUGCAAAAUUUCCUCCUUUGCUGCUGCAGCUCAUGAAUGCAGGCCUACGUCAAGUGACAUUAUGUUUAUAAAGUACUACGCUUGGGUGAUAACAUCAAUUAUGUUUUUUGUAGUCAGUGUGAGAAUAUCGCCAGUAGUCUGGACACAUCAACUCGCAUGUGUGCUGGUAAAUCGGGUUCAUAUUUCCAGUGCUUUCCAGUGAAUGAAUGUGUCACAAAACUAUGACGCUUAAAUUACAUUGAAUUAGAGGAAGCGUACCAAGGUGUUUCUUUCAUAUGUGGUAUUCUGUUUUUCAGUCAUGAAUAAUAGCAAUUAUGGCAGUCUCUAGCCUUCGUAGCAUUGCCUGAUAUCUAUGAAAUAGAGGUUCCUUAUAGUAUAUGGGUAAUAGCUGAUGUACUGCUAUAUUCUUAAGCUUAUGUUCACAUAAUGUUAAUCCACCUUCAACAUUAGUGUGCUGUUGAUGCUUUUGCACCUGCUUUGUGCCUAUAUACAUUUAGUUUAUGAGUAUAUUCUUUCAUUUUUGUGUACUUAUUCAUCACUUUGUUUACUUGAGAGUUUCUUACAAACACCCUGUGGUUCAUCUUGCACUAAAGAAAAAAUCUGGUGUCCAUCAUAUCUUCCUUGUUUUCACUCCUUAUGUUUUAUUGUUGUUACAUUAUUUUAUAAGAAACUUCUGCCCUUACUCUGCAUUUAUGGUCAGUUUCACAUCAGUGUCUAGAAACAAAGGCAGUAUCAGGCAGUUGUCUUGUUUAGUUUUGUGUUGAACACAAAGAUGCUUUGUUAGUGCAAUAUGUCCAAUUAUUUCACGCAUUACUGUCAAUGUUGCUGUACACGCAUAGAUGAUUGUUAAGUAAGCGUCUACAAGUUUUAAAAUUACUCGUUAGCCGUUUUAACCUUACAAGAUGUUUGAGUCUGCUUAGAGUUCAGAACCUAAUGAUUUCCGCUAGUCGCACAAGUUGAAUAAAAGUUUUAAUCUAUU